AUGGCGAAUGACACGGAGACACGAUGGGUUCGCGGGGACAAAGCUGCAGGGCUGACGCAAACUCUAGAAGAAAACCGUACGUCACCGCAAGUAAACGACCGCGCACAAAACCCUUUCCUCGACUCCUGUUUCAACCAAGAGGUCGUCACCUUGUUCCAGGUCAUGACAUGUAUCGUCAACCCUACCGUCGCCAGCGUCGGGUUGCUAGGCAACGUUUUCAGCCUCCUGAUCCUGGUCAAGAACGGGCUGAGAAAAUCUUCCAACGUAUUUCUCCUGGCUCUGGCAUUAUCGGACUCUAUGUACCUGCUGGGUAACGUCAGUGUCCUGUACCUCUUGAUGGCGCUGGGGCCGUCCAAAUCUGGGGGCGUGGCUUACGGCUGGAUGUUCCAGGAGCAGGUCUCUUACGUCUGCUUCCUGCUGGACAGAACCGUCCUAGUCAUUUCGUCGUGGGGGAGCUACGUGUCUACCACCAUACCCGUAGCCAUCAUGGUCGACCGCUUCAUCGCAGUCGUCUUUCCUCUGCAGUUUAAAAACGUGAUGACAUGCAACAGGGCAGUGAUUGUAGUGGUCGUUAUGUUUGUUGUCUGGUUACCAUGGUGUUUGAUCGCCAAUACCACCGUGGUAUUUCAGUAUUCAAUCUUGAGCGAGGAUCAAUAUUUCGGAUUCUACAUCCGAUCUGAUUUUUUCAUCGAUAACAUCGAUAUUAUCUACCUCUUUUACACACUCGUCUUAAACUUCAUCAGCUGCAUAAUACCAGUGUCGUUCACCAUCGUCGGCAGUUUCAUCAUCGGCGUUAAAGUCAAAAUCACCAUGCACAAACGGCGAAAAAUAUCAACUUCUAGGACGGCCGGACAGUCUCGAGUGACUCGAACCCUAAUGACGGUCUCGCUGACCUUUGCAGCCGCCAACAUCGCGUACUUUGUCGUCUCCUACGUGUACACGGAAGAGCUCAUGAGCGGAACGGAAAUGACGCACGUGGUUGAAGAGUUCCAGAAUUUACUUCUUCUUCUCUGUAGUUCAAGCAACUUUUUUAUCUACAUCGUUUUAAAUCCCAAAUUUAGAAAUGAUUUUGUAAAAAUUAUUGUUUGGAAAUUGUAA